UAUUUAAUCGCGAUUUUCAAUAAAAUAUAAAUAGUUAUUUCUUUUCGUAGUUAUUCGAAAGUUUAAAUUUUGAAAAAUGACAUUGAAAUGUCGCACUCUCUUGAUUUGGAUUUAAAGGAUUUUAAUGUUUAGAAUAAUUUAAACAUUACAUUCAAAUUACAUUAAAGUUUAAUAUAUUUAUUGCGAGAAUGACAUCUAUUUUUGGUGACUUUUCUCAAGUAAACGAUCAUUUAUUUAUCUCGUCGGCAAGAGCUGUGACAGUAACUAAUCUACAGAAAAAUAGAAUUACCUAUGUUGUAAAUGUGACAAGAGAAAUUCCGAUUUUACAUAUCAAAGAUAUUCAGUUUUAUAAAAUUCCGAUUGACGAUUCUCUUUCUGCAAAUUUGUAUCCUUAUUUUGAUAUAGUUGCGGAUAACAUUUAUGAAGAAUAUAAAAAGGGAGGAAAAAUUCUUGUUCAUUGUAUAGCUGGUGCAAGUCGUUCAGCUACAUUAUGCAUUGCAUAUUUAAUGAAAUAUCAGAAGAUGUCAUUGAAAGAAGCAUUUCAUUUCUUAAAGUCACACCGACCAGUAGUAAGGCCAAAUACCAAUUUUUUUAAUCAGUUAGUUAAGUAUGAAGAAAAAUUAUUUGGAAGAACUUCAGUAAAAAUGGUUGAAGUUCAAUCUCUGGGCCAAGAUUGUCUUAUUCCUGAUGUUUAUAAAGAAGAAUGCAAAGGAUAUGUUUGGUUAGCAAGCAUAAAAAAUUAUUUAAGUGGAAAAAAAUAGCAGAAAAGUUUUAAACAAUUUUGUAAUUUAGAUUUUAUAAGUUAUAUAGUCAUAUAAUUCAUAAAAUAUUUAAUUGCAUUCCCACAUAGCAUGAGUUAGGAAUGUUUUUACAUAGGUCUACUAAUUAACUUAUGAUUAUUAGUAUUAAUCAUAAUCUGUUAUAUCAUUUGAUUAAAUCUAAUUAAAAUAUUCAUUAAUUUUCUAAUAUGUAGAAAAUCACAAAUAUCAAUUCAUUUAGAUGAUGCAAUAGUUUGACAUGAAAUUUUAUCUGAAAACGUUUGUAAAUUGGUUAUGUUUACAUUUAUUUUGUGUAUCUAGUACAGUUUUGAUAAUUUGAAUGCAAUUAAUUUGAAGGCAGUUAUUUCGUUGUAUAAUUCCACUUGUUGAAAGUUGUGUUAUAUGAAGAAAUAACUGCCUUCAAAUUAUCUUUUUUGAAUUGGAAUAAGUCAGUUCAGGUAUGUGCCUAGCAAAAUAUCUUGUACAUAAUGAUUGAUUCUGAGAAGAAUUUACUUUAAAAAACAGUUAAUACUGAAUGAGCAAUUAUUUAUUGCAACAUCAUCACAAUGCCCAGGCUGCAAUUUUUAAUCAUAUUUUUAAUUUAUUUAACUUAAAAUAUAUGUUC